GACUUCAUGCAUUGAAGUCUCGUGGGACGAGCCCGAGGACCAUGACCCCGCCAAUCCACUCAAUUGGCCGAGUACACGGAAAUGGAUGAACAUUGGUGUUUUGACCUCCAUCACGUUUCUCACGUGAGUAUACUCUCUUUGUACAACUCAUACAACUCAAUCUUGGUAUGACGGAUAGCAAUUGAUGGAAACAGACCAUUGGCAUCCGCAAUGGUCGCCCCAGGCGUCCCAGACAUCAUGGCCGAGUUUCACGCCAGCUCCCCUCUCCUGGCCACCUUCGUCGUCUCCGUCUUCGUGCUCGGCUUUGCCUUCGGCCCCCUCGUUCUCGCCCCCUUAAGUGAACUGUACGGCCGUCUCCCAGUGUACCACGUGUGCAACGUGCUCUUCCUCAUCUUCACCAUCUGUUGUGCAGUCUCGAAGAAUAUGGGGAUGCUAAUUGCGUUCCGGUUCUUGUCUGGCUUUGCGGGCGUGGCGGCUGUGACGUGUGGCAGUGGCACGAUUGCUGAUCUGAUGCCUGUAGAGGAGAGGGGGAAGGCAAUGGCGUUUUGGGCGAUGGGUCCGAUUCUAGGCCCGAUUAUUGGGCCUGUUGUGGGGGGUGUCUUGAUCCAGCAUGCGGGAUGGAGGUGGGCGUUCUGGUUGAUUGCUAUUGCUAGCGGCAUCAUCACAACCCUCGCCUUCCUCCUCAUGCGCGAGACCUACCCAGUAGUUCUGCUAGAACGCAGAGCAGCAAAAUUCAGGAAGGAGACAGGCAACCCCGCCUACCGCUCCAAGCUUGCCUCCUCUCUCUCCCCCCAAAAGCUAAUCCAGCACACCAUCAUCCGGCCGCUAAAGCUGCUCUUCCUGAGCCCGAUCGUGACGGCAAUGUGCAUCUACAUAGCAAUCAUGUAUGGACUGCUCUACAUCCUCUUCACAACCUACACUUUCGUCUUCGAAGAAGUGUACCACUUCUCGACCUCCACCGCUGGCCUCUCGUUCCUGGGCAUUGGCGUCGGGACGAUCGUUGGCCUCGCGUUUUGCGGGACUCAAUCAGAUCGGAUUAUCAAGGCUAAGCAAGCUGCCGGCGUUACGCUGAAGCCGGAGGAUAGAUUGCCGUUGUUGAUCACGCUGCCUUCUUGUCUUGCAAUCCCGUUCGGCCUCAUUCUCUACGCAUGGACGACGGAUAAAGGUGUCCAUUGGAUCGUGCCCCAGAUUGGCACAGCGAUUACCGGGUUUGGGAUUAUCGGGAUUGUGAUGUGUGUGCAGACUUACCUGGUUGAUGCGUUUACGAUUUAUGCUGCAAGCGCGAUUGCUGCUAAUGCGGUGCUGAGGAGCUUACUGGGGGCAUUGCUGCCGUUGUGUGGCCUGGAUCUGUAUCAGAAGAUUGGACUGGGAUGGGGGAAUACACUGCUUGGGUUCAUUGCGUUGGCGUGUGCGCCGAUUAUCUGGAUCUUUGCAAUUUAUGGCGAGAGAAUACGGACAAACCCGAGGUGGCAGGUGAACUUCUGAAUGGAUGACUGGAAGCAGAACUUGGAUAUUUUUUUUUUCUGGGGAGGGAAGCCUCGGCAAAUAUCUCUCUCUCUGAUGGGAGUGCUUCCCCGCAUAAACUACGCUGCCGCGUCCACGAGGGGAAAAAAGAACAAUCUGGUGACGACUACUUGGGAAGAGGUACUUCAGAGACCGGGAGCUUCCACCUA